GCCUCGCGAGUACUGAAUGAAAAGUGAACAGUGCAAAUUGGCGAGAGUGAGACAACAAACUUUCCACGAUCAGUUUGUCGCACUCCUAAUUGCUCGUGAAAGCCCGUGAAACUGCGUUGGCGUGAUGUUCAGCGAGACAGACACGUCAGUGACGUCGUCUGAGGACUUGACGGCGGAAGAGGCUGCGCUGGAUGAGAUCCAGGACAAAAAUCUGGCUCUGGAAGAGGUGAUAAUCAACCAGUAUGCCCAGAAGGUGAUUGACUUCAGUUCACAGUACGGCAGCGACACCAGCAUCUCCUACACGGCGUACAACAUCACGGGCAGGCCGUCUAAGUUCCCGGAUUACGGUGACUUUCCGGAGACCUUCGCCAUGAGAACAUAUGGGCCGUGGUGGGACAUCGCGCCGUCCACCAUGCGCGAGCUGCAGCCCAGCAACAUCCAGGACAUUCCAAUCCAUGACUUCAUUGUGGUGGAGUUCGAGGAGUUCGUCAUCCCGCACGCGAUCUCCAUCUAUGAGACUUACAAUCCCGGCGCCAUCGUGAAGAUCUGGGCCUUCUUCAGCACCACCGAUACCUGGCACUGCCUCUGGUCGUCCUAUCCCGAUCCGGACGUGGAGAAGUGGCCGCGCAAAUUCGCGCCGGAAAUCAAGCGGAUUCCCCUGCCAACGAAGAUACUCCGCCUGGAGUUCAAUCACGUCUUCCUGGACUACUUCACGGAGAUUGACGGGAUCGAGCUGACUGGGCGGAAGUGCGAUGUACGCGAUGUGAGCGAUUCGGCCACGCGGAGGAGCAAAAAGGGCCCCAUUCAGCGGAAACUCGAGAGCGUGCAGUUCAAGCUGCGCCAAAUUGAGAACCACACGGACAUCCUGAAAGACUUCCUGGCCAACGACCUGGGGAACUUCAUGAAGGAGGCCGGACUCGUACCUGAAGAGAUUGAGGACAAUACUCCACAGAUAACACUUAAAGACUUGCCCUGCGAGAUUCUAUUUAAAAUCCUGUCCUAUCUGGACCUCGUGUCGAUAUUCCGGACGGCGCAGGUGUGCAGGAAGCUGUACGACGUGGCAACGGAUCCCUUCCUCUACCAGGAGAUCAAUCUCAAGCCCUACUGGCACUCGGCGUGCGAUGAGCUCCUCGCCACGCUCACGAAGCGCGCCACGCUGUUGAAGAAGCUGGAUUUGUCCUGGUGCGGCCUUUUUCACGUCAUCACGCCGUCCGUGUUUAAGGAAUUCGUGCGCAACUGCUGCAAAAAUCUCACCCACCUUCGCCUGAACUCGUGCAAGUUCAUCAAUGCUGGCUGCAUGGAAAUCGUGGGCAGUGUUUGCGUGAAUCUGCGUGAGCUCUGCCUGCGGAACUACACAAAACCGCCCAGCGUUCUCAACUUCCACUGUCUGAAGAAUCUGCGCUGCCUGGAGAGACUCGAUCUCUUCCGCACGCAGAUCGACUCCGACCUGCUGCUGAUGACGCUGCGCUACAAUCCUGCCCUGAAGCAUCUCAAUCUCGGCAUCUGCAGCGCCACGGUCAACAUGGACGACGUGGCCAUCCAGAUCUCCAGAUACAAUCGCUCGAUGGUAUCGAUCGACAUGUGGAAGUCACACUAUCUCUCGUCCGUUGGCCUACUGGCGCUGUCGCAGUGUCACGACCUCGAGGAGGUGGACUUCGGCUGGUGUCUGCGCGAGGAAGCGUCUCCUGGGGAGAGCCUCAAGAUCCUCCUCAAGAGCUGUCCGAGGCUCAAGAAGGUCUUCCUCGCCGCCAUUCGUGGCAUCAACGAUCGCGAUCUGGAGAACAUUACGGAAUUCUGCCCGAAUCUCGAGCAGCUGGACCUCAUGGGCGUCCUGGGCAUCACGUACGACAUGUGCUACAAGAUCCUCAGCAAGUGCCACAAGCUGAAGGUGUUGGAUCUGAGUUUCUGCGAUCAAAUAGACGAACUUCAGAUUGCUCUCUGGCGCGACGUCUUUGGGGUCAGUAUUAAGCGGAAUUUCGAGCCCCUGUUCACCUCUUUCUCCCUCAACUAAAGUAGUCAAUUGUGGAAUGGAUAUUUUUGCAGAAAAUCAAAAGACAAAGCUAUGCGUAUUUUUAUACCGUUCACUUGUGUGCAUGUGUGUAAU